UGUCCCGUGGUUAACAAAGUAGGUCUCUUGUAUGACAUGAAUUUAUAUUCAAAUUCUAUUUUCUUUUCUGUAACCUGGCAUUUUGACAGACAAAUCGUGUUGUAAACCUUUUGGGAAAAGUUUUUAUUUCACAUUUUAAAAUUAUAUCACUAUGUUGUCUUUGUAUAAAAAACGAUCCAUAAAUUUUAGCAGUGAUAUUGAUAGCCGAGUUCUACGGGCUCAUCGCCGAACCCUUGACAGGAAAGAUAUUCGGCAUGAACAGUUAUCACGACGAAGGAAUAUCAAUAGUAGUAACAGUACUACAAGUUUUGAAGUGGAGCCACUUGCUGAAUUUCACAAACCGAAAAAGAGUGAUGGGCCAAAGAACCAAUCCAACAGUGAACCUGCGGGUCAAGAAACGAACAAAGCCACGAAUAGACGUGAAAUGCUGAAGAAAUGGAAGGCUGAACGGGAGUUGAAAAAAAAGAUGGAAAUGCAUAAACACAAGCCAGUGUUUAGAGUUGGCCAUGUAGACCACGAUACUCCUAGAUAUUUGGUGUCUUCCUCUUCAGAAGUUCUAAAAAAGGAGAAUGCAAAUACUUCCAAGACGUGGAAUUUAAAAACUUCAGCAAAAAACAGCUCCCAGUCUGCUAACCUGACACAGACCAAACCUUCACAACAGACAACAAAUCUUCGGACUCGAACUACUGGAACGUCUGUUAAGUCCACUCAACCUUCCCACACAAAGCCAAUCUCCACAACAAGAAAGGUGGUGGCUGCAAAACAAGCAGAAACAAGGGCUCACUUCCCUCUCCUGAGUGGUCCAAUAACUAGAUCCAAAGCAGGUCAUCUGAAAACUCAGAAAUCUGAAGAGACGAGAACUCGAGAAACAGGCCAGUCUUCUAGUGGUAAAAUUGGAAAUAAAGGUCCGAAGAAAGACUGUGUGAUUUACCAGCUGGGCCUUCUCCGUUGCCAGAGACACCAUUUCCAGCAGACAUCAGCUGCAUUAAGAAGCCACCAAAAAAAGCUUCCUUUGCACCUAAGGAAUUCAGCUUUACAGCUCCGAACAAUCUUGUUACCUUCAAUUUUAAUCCAGUUAGUCCUGCUGUGGGAGUGUCAUUUCUUUGUCCACCAGAGGGCUUGUUCAGUAACAUUUCAAGAAGAGCCUCGUCUACUCCGAUAAAAGGUGAUUCCCCACUGUUGAAAGAGCCGUUACUUGAGAUGAUUCCCUCUGAAACUACGUCUGGUUGGUAACUUCAU